UGCGGAGAUACAUCUGCACGUGACAUGUCGUUGUUUACCGCCACACGUUUUCUGGUUCUUCUACAACGUGAAGUAUACGUGUGUAAUACAACUUGAGGAAGUCAGAGAUGACAGACUGCCCAAAGAUUACUCUGGCUGAUGGCAACAAGAUACCCAUCCUGGGAUUAGGUACCUGGAAGUCUGCACCAUCCCAAGUGUACGAAGCCGUGUGCGAGGCGCUCGCGCUGGGUUACCGCCAUGUUGACUGUGCAUUGGUUUACCUGAACGAGACUGAAAUUGGAAGAGCUAUUGCUCACAGCAUUAAGAAUGAUGUCCUCAAGAGAGAAGAGCUCUUCGUCACCAGCAAGUGCUGGAACUCCUUUCACAGCAAGCAUGCUGUCGUGGAAUGCUGUAAAAGAAGCCUGAACUGCCUGGGACUCGACUAUAUCGACCUCUACCUUGUGCACUGGCCUAUGUCGUUCAAGGAGGGAGGAGAGUUAUUCCCCAAGGAUGACAGGGGUCGUAUGCUGUACUCGGACGUUGACAUUUUGGAGACGUGGCAGGGAAUGGAGGUUUGCCACAGGAACGGCUGGGUGCGCUCCAUUGGCUUGUCUAACUUCAACUCGGAGCAAGUGACGAGGAUUUUGAAUUCAGCCACGGUCAAACCUGUAAUGAACCAAAUUGAGAGCCACCCGUACCUGACGCAAAAGAAUCUGAUAGAAUUUUGCCGGAACCGGAAACUAGCCAUCACAGCCUACAGUCCCCUGGGAUCUCCAGACAGGCCAUGGGCUCCCAGGAACGAGAGGCCGCUCAUGGAAGAUCCCAUCGUUUGUGAAAUCGCAGAAAAAUUGAACGUCACCCCUGCCCAAGUUCUUAUUCGUUACCCGAUUGAACGUGGUCUCGUGACAAUUCCCAAGACCGUACACAAGAAAAGACUCGAGGAAAAUUAUCGGGUACUGAACAUCAAACUUUCGGACAGCGACGUGAAGGCCUUGGAUGCUUUGAACCAGGGUUUUCGAUCCGUUUCGUUUGAAGAGGCCAAAACAAGCAAACUCUACCCGUUCAACAUCCCUUUUUGACCGGUUACAACAUUACAUUUUGACCAGUUCAUUUUGUACUUUCCACGUUAAAUGACAGUGUGCAACAAAAUGUGUUUGAACAACUGAUAAAAACACUGAUGAAACAUUA